UGUGGAUAAGAAACUGGGCGUUAAUGGGACCCGCAUUUCUGUGUUUCAGAUGUUUAUUAUUAUCUUUGUUGUUUGCAGAUAUGUCAUGUAUUAGGUCGGUGGUUUUAUGGAAAGAAAGGAGUUGAUAAAGUAGUUAUUGAAGAUAGUCUUUAAUUUAUUGUCUGAUUCAGCUUGUAACAAUAAAGACUAUUUGGAAUAAGCUGUGGAAAUCGUGGCUUUCUCCCUUUUGCUGCACUGCUAUUAAUUAUCUUGCAAACUAAACAUAAUUAAACUUACUUGCGAUUCAUGAUGCUUGCAUAGUGUUCAAGAAUACUAGGUGCUGAGGUCUCUGUAUACUGCUCACGUACAUAAUAUAAGAUUGCCUCAGUGACAUACUCACUAUUCAUAAUGUCUAGCAAAGUGAAAGUCUCAGCAGAAUGGAAGAAGCGAGUUAAGUCCGAAUAUAUGAGGUUGCGUCAGGUGAAGCGCUACAAGCGUGCUGAUGAAGUAAAGGUUGCUUGGAAUAUGAACAGAAAGCAAAUGACAGACAUUCUCAUGGCAGAACAGAAGCGAUGGACAGAUGGGAAGGCAGUGUGGAUCUCGCUGCAGGAUACUCCGCUCCAUGCUGCUUGCAUGAAGAAGGCUGAAGUGGUGUGUUCUGAUGGGGAAGUGCAGAACAGUCCUGUCAAGAUUAUCAAUGCUGUCACGCCCAUCCCAACAAUGUAUACGUGGGCACCCAUUCAACAGAACUUUAUGGUUGAGGAUGAGACUGUACUACACAACAUUCCAUACAUGGGGGAUGAGAUCCUAGAUCAGGAUGGCACAUUUAUAGAAGAACUCAUAAAGAACUAUGAUGGCAAAGUGCACGGAGAUCGAGAAGCAGGAUUUAUCGAUGAUGCCAUUUUUGUUGAAUUAGUAAAUGCACUUCUGCAGUAUCAGAAUAAAGAUGAAGAAGCAAACCAGGAGAAGGGUGGAGAAAAGGAUGGUAAAGAAAAAGAGAAAUCUGUCUGUGGAAGUGUGACAUUGGGCAAUCGAGGAGGUGCAGGAGGGUCCAAGUCAGGGUCAUCAGUUGGGGCAGCUGGUGCAGCCAAACCAUUCCCUCACUCAGUGAUAUUCCAAGCCAUAUCAGCCAUGUUUCCUGACAAGGGACGCCCCGAGGAACUGCGUGAAAAAUACAUUGAACUGACAGAACGACUGGAUCCCAAUGCACUUCCACCUGAAUGCACACCCAACAUUGACGGUCCAACAGCAGAAUCAGUUCCACGUGAACAAACAAUGCAUUCCUUUCACACACUUUUUUGCCGGCGGUGCUUCAAGUAUGACUGUUUCCUUCAUCGUCUCCAGGUUUACCACCCAGGACCCAAUCUUCACAAGAGAAAGGGUCCUGAUUUGAAGCCGUUCUGUGACCCUUGUGGACCUGACUGCUAUAUGCACUUGGAAGGAAUGAAGGAGAAACUGGCAGCCAUUGCUGAGCGGACAAAGGAAGAAAGCGAUGCUAACAUAGAGUCACAGGGGUCAGGUGUGGGAGAGCAGCAGAAGUUAAUAAGUGGCUCGUCAGCACAGCAGCGACCUAGAAAGGUGCGCAAACAGGCGUCUGUCGACUCUGGAAAUGAAGCCAGCUCUGAAGACAGUAAUGACAGUAAUAAGUAUGACAAAGAGUUCAAGCGUAACCCCAGGAAGGACUGUGGCUCUGCUGUACUGAAAACAGGAGUGCAGGACGGUAGUGGGGGUCAGGAACUGAUGUCUACGACGACCUCGUUCUCUCUGCUGGGUACCAUGGGCGCUGAUGAUAAUUAUGAAUGGACUGGUGCUGACCAGUCACUGUUUCGAGCCCUGCACAAGGUUUUCCUCAGCAAUUACUGUGCUAUCUCUCAAAUAAUGCUCACCAAAACAUGUCAGCAGGUUUAUCAAUUUGCCCAGAAGGAAGCUGCUGAUAUUCCAACAGAAGAAUCAUUGAAAGACUUCACACCGCCCCGCAAGAAGAAGAAAAAGCAUCGUUUGUGGUCUAUGCACUGUCGUAAGAUUCAGCUCAAGAAGGACUCGAGUUCAAAUCAUGUAUACAACUUCACUCCCUGUGACCAUCCAAAUCAACCUUGUGACCAGAUGUUAUGCCCCUGCAUCGGUGCACAGAACUUCUGUGAAAAAUUCUGCCAGUGCAGCUCUGACUGUCAGAAUCGGUUUCCAGGAUGUCGGUGCAAGGCACAGUGCAACACAAAGCAGUGCCCCUGCUAUUUGGCUGUGCGGGAGUGCGACCCAGAUCUCUGCCAGACUUGUGGGGCGGAUCAGUUUGAUAUCACCAAGAUUUCCUGCAAGAAUGUCAGUGUGCAGCGUGGUUUACAUAAGCAUCUUUUGAUGGCACCAUCAGAUGUUGCCGGGUGGGGCAUAUUCCUGAAGGACAGUGCCCAAAAAAACGAAUUCAUAUCAGAAUAUUGCGGAGAGAUCAUUUCUCAGGAUGAGGCAGACCGAAGAGGAAAAGUAUAUGACAAAUACAUGUGCAGCUUUCUUUUCAACCUCAAUAAUGACUUUGUUGUGGAUGCUACUCGUAAGGGUAACAAGAUCAGGUUUGCUAACCAUUCUAUCAACCCGAAUUGUUAUGCCAAAGUGAUGAUGGUGAAUGGGGACCACCGUAUUGGUAUCUUUGCCAAGCGAGCAAUCCAGCCAGGGGAGGAACUGUUCUUUGACUACAGAUAUGGGCCAACAGAACAGCUUAAAUUUGUUGGUAUCGAACGUGAAAUGGAGUUUCUGUGAGUGAACUCAGAUCAUGACAAGAAGUAUUCACGUUGUAAAAGCACUAGGUAUGAGAUGGUCAUGGUGUAGCAUUUUAACCCCUUUCAUGUAUGUGUACUUUCUCUGCUGGUAUGCUCAGACAUGUACAUUUGUGUAGUCAGAGGAAAUCUGUAAUGUACUGAUGUCUUUGGUUGUUCUGUGAUUUGAAUUUUACUUGUUGGUAUUUGUGGGUAUAAAGUGAGUCAUCGAUACUUUCUGUAGUCAUUUUGGCUUGGCAGUAUCACAGGACUCUUACUACUGACCAAAGUUGGUUAAAUGCUUAUGAAUAUGGUAUACUGUGUCGAAGAAAAUUAUUUUAAUGAGUCGUGGGAUGUGUUCUAGGCCAAAUGUGAUUAUGAUUGUUGCAGUUGUAACACGUCUGACAGUCCUGAAUCCAUAGGAUCUACCAGAUGUCAAAUCAAAGGUUACAUUUGUAUUGUUUGUGUAAGUGUUGAAUAUUAAAUAAUCAUACAAUAUGACAUUUGAAGGGAUAAUGAAUAUAUAAUUAAUGUAUUAUCUUAAA